AUGGGAGGGGAUGGGCCGUGGGCCAUUUCUGUCAUGUGGUCAUUGACUGCAGUGACAUUGAUCUUUGUUAUACUGAGAGUCUAUACUCGAGUCUUUGUUGUCAAGUCUUACGGAGUCGACGACCAUGUCUACAAUCUUGCAUUUGGCUUCCUCUUCUUCUACACCCUCUUCACGACGAUUUCGGCGAAAUAUGGCUUUGGCCAGAACAUGAGCGAUAUCAAAGACCUCGACGACACGGCGCAUGCGAUCCUAUUCGAGGCCAUUGGCCAAACAUUUGCUGUGGUGGGCAUGGCUGUUGCUAAGUGGUCUCUUGGACUGUUUCUGCUUCGACUUGUCAAGGCUCAAUGGCACAAAAUUGUUAUCUGGAUAUCCAUGGGAGUCUUGAUGGCCGCGUCUAUAUCUGUCUGCUUUGUCUUUUGGUUACAGUGCUCGCCGCCCAAGUAUUUAUGGGACCGUCGCAUUCCAGGCCGUUGCCAUAUUGAUUCAACACCAGUGUCGAUGCUUCUAUGCAUCUUGUGUGUCAUUGUCGACUUUUUCUACGCGCUGUUCCCUUGGCUGUUCAUCUGGGGUCUACAAAUGAAUACGAGGGAAAAGAUUGUCAUUCUGUCUAGUCUUAGUCUUGGAGUCAUUGCUGGAGCAUGUGGUAUUAAACGGACCAUCGAAGUUCCAGAGCUUUCAAGCCCCAACUACCUGAAGGAUACAGUUGGUCUCAUCGUCUGGUCCGCUGCCGAAAUCUCUGUCACCAUGAUCUGCAUUGGCAUACCCGUUUGUCGACCUCUUUACAAGAAGUACUUGGAAAAGUUGACCUCUCGCGACGGCAGCAAAUACCGCAAUUACCAAGAUCGAAGCGAAGGAGGAUCAUACCCGCUAAAGACAUUUGGGGGCAGUACAAUGAGGCCUGGCCAGGAUACCAAGGAUGGAGACACCUCUGAUGGUGAGGAUUCCAUCACAAAGGCAGAGCGAAAGCUAGGAAUCGGUGGCCCUUUUACAAAGUCAUAUGUUAGAGGUGGAGAGCGUGUGCGUGGUGACAACCAGAGCGACGAGCAGAUUUUGGGGCCUGAUUUCCGCCGAAGUCAACGUGACGAUCUUGAAUCACAAGACAAGGGGAUCAGGGUCACGUAUGAGGUGACAACUUCGAGGUUGGAUAUCUGA